AUGAGGUUUAUCACUGCCACAGUGCUCGGCCUGGUCACGUCCAGCCUGGCCGCCGCGACCAACCUCACCACUCCAUCUCGACUGGCCCUCCCAGCCGACUUUAAGCCCCCGCAGGUCUUCAAGAACACCAAUCUGGUUCGGAACACCAAUUUGGAGAAGGGAUAUGUGCGCGAGACCAUCAAUGUGGUCGUGGAGAAUGUCGACAAGCAACCGCAGUCCGACUACUACAUUCCUUUCCCCGACGAGGUGUUUGAGCGUGUUGGAGGCUUCGAAGUUCGGGAUAAGAAGGCCGCUGAUAAGGGCCGAUUCGUGGUGGACACCACUGAAGCUGUUUCCGUUGGUGGACAACAGUACUUCAUCGCUCACUUCCCCGAGCCCUUGGCGCCGAAAUCACAAAUUACCCUGGGCAUCUCCUACGCCGUUCUGAACUCGCUGAGCCCGCGCCCUGCAUUCAUCCAGCAGAACGACAAGCAAUACCUCACCUACACCUUCUCCGCCUACACGCCCUCCGCCUACCAAACCAUCACUCAGAAGACCAAGGUUAAGUUCCCCAGCACCAAUGUGCCCGAGUACACCACAACCUCGGACCUAAAAUCCGGCGCCGACCCCGAGCGCAAGGGCGCCACGUACACCUAUGGUCCCUACGACACAGCCAAGGUCUCCCCGGGUACCGAGUACCCCAUCACCGUGCGCUACGAAUUCACCAACCCCGUCGUGACCGUCAACCUGCUGGAACGCGACCUGGAGGUCUCGCACUGGGGCGGCAACCUCGCCACCGAGGACCGCUACUGGCUCCGAAAUAAUGGCUCCGAGCUCUCUAGCCAGUUCUCGCGCGUCGACUGGACUUUCUCCAGCUACCAGCGUGCUCCCACAUCCGCCGUUCGCGAGAUCACGUACCCCCUGAAGCCCGGUUCCGUCGACCCGUACUUCAUCGAUGAUAUCGGCAACGUCUCGACCAGCCGGUACCGUCCCGGUAAUGGCAAGUCCAACGGUCUGCUGGAGCUGAAGCCCCGCUACCCGAUCUUCGGAGGCUGGAACUACAGCUUCAAGGUGGGCUGGAACAACGACCUGUCCGCAUUCCUCCGUCAGGCCGCGGGCCAAGACUCCUGGGUCCUCAAGGUGCCGUUCAUUCAGGGUCCAAAGUCCGACGAGGGUGUCCAGUAUGAGCGUGUUGUUGUGCGCGUCAUUCUCCCUGAGGGUGCCCACAAUGUCCGCUUCCAGACUGUCGAGGGCAUCGCCAGCAAUGGUCUCCCCGGCGCCAACCAGAUCCAUGCUAGACUGUCUUCCCUCAAGACUUACAUGGAUACACUUGGUCGGACCACGUUGACCCUGGAGGUUGACAGCAUCACCGACGAAGCCCGGGAUGCGCAGCUGAUUGUUACUUACGACCACUCCUUCAUGGAUGCCCUGCGCAAGCCGCUCACCUUCUUCGGUGGUCUGCUUUCUGUUUUCGUUGCCGUUUGGUUCAUUGGCAACAUUGAUGUUAGCAUCAAGAAGCGCUAA